AUGAAGCUGCUUACUUUAGAUGAUCUCGAGAAGAAGGCAUCCCAAAGGAUAGAGAAAUCAGUGUUUGAUUUCUGGCAGAGUGGUGCGGGUGAUUUGUCCACGUUAAAGGAGAAUAGAAAUGCAUUCUCAAGAUAUAAAAUCAUUGGCAGAACAAUGGUGGAUGUCUCUAGGUUGGAUACUUCACCCAAAAACGAGCUAUUUGGUAAAAAAUUCAGGGCUCCUAUAGGUGUUGCUCCAAGUUCACACCAUACUCUUGCCAGUCCACGAGGUGAAUUGGCAACAGCAGGUGCAUGUGAAAACACCAAGGUUCCCAUUGGCUUGAGUAGCUAUUCCAACUACUCUGGUGCCGAAGUGAAGGAUGCUGCUCCAAAUUCAGCGGUAUUUUUCCAGCUAUAUGUCUUUAAGAACCGCAAAGUGAGUGAGCAAUUAGUCCGUCGAGCGGAGCAGGCCGGAUACAAAGCUAUUCUGUUGACCUCUGAUACUCCUUACCUUGGUCAAAGAUAUGCUGAUGCUCGCAAUAACUUCCGUUUGCCUAGAAACGUUAGAUUAGGAAAUUUUGAAGAUCUGGAUGAUGGAAAGGGCAAUAAAAUCAAAAUUCCUCAUCCCGUGGAGCAAAAGAAAGGUGAUUCUCAGACAGCUAGUAAUGUUAUUGACCCUAGUUUGAAUUGGGCGGAAACCAUUCCUUGGUUGAAGUCUAUUACAAACAUGCAGAUUUGGGCUAAGGGAAUCAUCUGUGGUGAAGAUGCCCAACUGGCAAUUGAUGCUGGAAUUGAUGGCAUUUGGGUCUCCAAUCAUGGUGGUAGACAGUUGGAUGAGACCCUCCCUACAAUUGAGGCACUGCAAGAUGUUGUGGACGCUGUGAAGGGCCGUGUUCCCGUCCACUUGGAUGGCGGCGUCCGAACUGGUGCAGAUAUUUUUAAAGCAUUGGCUAUUGGGGCUGAUUUUGUCUGGGUUGGUAGACCUGCCCUAUGGGGAUUGGCUUGCAAUGGCCAAAAAGGUGUCGAAAAAAUGCUCGAAAUCCUUAUCAAAGAUCUCAGCAUUACCAUGGGUCUUGCGGGUACGCCAUCUGUAGCUGAUAUAAGUCGUAAAUCCAUCGUUCGCUUUGGUCCUAGAUAUUCAAAACUUUAA